AUGGCAGGUGAUGCCAUCAUGGUCAUGAGGGGCUUGACCAAGCUCAGUAAAGCAAUCCUGGAAACCCAAGCAGGACAGCUUCGGCAGGUGCUCCUUGGGGGAGAUGUAGUCACCAUUGCCAAGACUCUCCAGGCUGCUGCUGAGGAACAGUUCAGUUCUGCCUUGGGAAAGGUGCAGGAACUAGGCAAACAGCAGGAGAACUUUACUGACCUUGGUGAGGAUUUUGGGAAAGACUAUGACUUCUCAGCCAAAGAGCCAUCAGAUGCUCCAAUGGACUUCUCCACUGCCCCUGGCAAGCCUCGAGAACACAGCGCUGAAGGCCCUGCUUACUCCUACACAACAAAUGGACCUUUUAGAAAUGUUGAUGAGACUGGAGUUUCUGGCAUGGGUCAGAAGCCUUUCCCUCCCAAAAUGGAUGCGAGGUUAUUUGGAGGCAUUAGGGACCCUGGAAAUCCUUUUGCUACUGCCUUUGGACAAAAUAGAGCUUUUCACCAAGACCAUUCCUCUGUUGGUGGAUUAACUGCUGAAGAUAUUGAUAAAGCCAGACAGGCCAAAACAGGUUCAGGGCAGAAACCCUACAAACAGAUGCUCAGUGAGAGGGCCCGGGAGAGGAAGGUUCCUGUCACCAGGAUUGGCCGACUCGCCAACUUCGGAGGACUAGCUGUUGGUCUUGGCAUUGGGGCGCUGGCAGAAGUGGCGAAGAAGAGCCUUAGACCUGAGGAACGCAGUGGGAAGAAAGCAGUGAUGGAUUCUAGCCCGUUCCUGUCAGAGGCCAAUGCAGAAAGGAUUGUGAGGACGUUGUGCAAAGUCCGGGGAGCAGCACUGAAGCUGGGACAGAUGCUAAGCAUUCAAGAUGAUGCCUUCAUUAAUCCCCACCUCCAGAGGAUUUUUGAGCGUGUACGUCAGAGUGCUGACUUCAUGCCAAUAAAGCAGAUGACGAAAACUUUGAACAACGAUCUCGGCCCCAACUGGAGGGACAAACUGGAGUCCUUUGAGGAACGCCCCUUUGCUGCUGCUUCAAUUGGUCAGGUUCAUCUGGCACGCUUGAAAAAUGGGAAAGAAGUUGCCAUGAAAAUCCAGUACCCCGGAGUUGCCCAGAGCAUCAGCAGUGAUGUCAACAACCUGAUGGCUGUCCUGAGCAUGAGUAAUAUUCUCCCUGAAGGUUUGUUCCCAGAGCACUUGAUUGAAGUUGUGAGCAGAGAGCUGGCCCUAGAGUGUGACUACCUGAGAGAAGCUGCCUGUGCAAGGAAAUUCCAGGAGCUGCUGAAAGACCACCCCUUCUUUUAUGUCCCAAGAGUAAUAGAUGAGCUGUGCAGCAAGCACGUGCUGACCACAGAGCUGGUGUCUGGCUUUCCCUUGGAUCAAGCUGAAGGGCUGAGCCAGGAGAUUCGAAAUGAGAUCUGUCACAACAUCCUGGUGCUGUGCCUGCGGGAGCUGUUUGAGUUCCGGUACAUGCAGACUGACCCCAACUGGUCUAACUUCUUCUAUGACCCACAGCUGCACAAGGUGGCCCUGCUGGACUUUGGAGCAACAAGAGGGUUUGAUGAGAAGUUCACAGAUGUCUACAUAGAGGUAAUCAAGGCAGCUGCUGACAUGGACAGAGAGAGAGUACUGAAGAAGUCCAUUGAAAUGAAAUUCCUCACUGGCUAUGAAAUCAAGGAAAUGGAAGAUGCCCACUUAAAUGCUGUCCUCAUCCUGGGAGAGGCUUUUGCAUCUGAAGAGCCCUUUGAUUUUGGCAACCAAAGCACCACUGAAAAGAUCCAUGGUUUAAUCCCAAUCAUGCUGAAGCAUCGGCUAGUUCCCCCGCCGGAGGAGACCUAUUCUCUUCAUCGGAAAAUGGGUGGCUCUUUCCUGAUCUGCACCAAACUGAAGGCCAAAAUCCCCUGCAAAAACAUGUUCCAAGAAGCAUAUAGCAAAUACUGGAGCAGUAGGGGCAAGAAGCCAUAG